UGAAUUUUGUAUAAAUGUCAGCAUCAAUAUUACUGCCGUCACUGUCUGACAUAGCCGUUCAAGAUCAUGGGAGUUUUAAGCAAUCUGGCCAUCUUGUCGUUGUUGACACUGGUCUCCAGAGUUGCCAAUCGAAACGUUGCUGCCAAAUCCUUUGUGCAACUUUCUUCCAAUCCCGAAUCAGGUCCCAUUCCAUACUGUGAGAAUGGCCAAUGGAAGAGCUGCGAGCAAGUCAUUGUUGACCUGACAGCUUUGAGAAAUAACCAGCCCUUGACUCUGCCCAAUGGAGAUCAGGUCAGCUUGGUUGAUUCCUCACCAGGACCUGAUCCCGGAUCAACCACGGCGGUUUAUCAAUCUGAAGACCUGUUGGACUCCGUGACCAUCACUUUCUUCACCUCUGGUUCCAAUGAGGUCAAUGCCGUUAUUCAUGAGGAUGACCAAGUCUUCAACUUGGCGCCUUGCGACAAAAAUAGGGUCGAUUGUCAUGUUUUAGCCAAGGGGGACCCGGACGUGGAGGAUCCCACGUUAAGCUACACAAUGAGGGAUUUGGAGUUGAUGACUGAGCUAGAAGAACUUCGAGAUGGUGAGGACCAAAAAGAGCAAGGUCAAUUCCAACAAGAUGAGGAUGGGACGUACGUGGCCACCAUCAAGAUCUACUACACAAAGGAAUUUGCCAAUGCAGAACCCAACGUGAAUGCCUAUAUUUCCAAUAUGAUCAGUACAGCCAACGCUUGCUUCAAAAACUCGAAAACCAAAUUCCGUUUACGAUUGCUCUGUACCGAACAACUGAACAAUAUCACUGAAAACCGACGUGGGGGGGACAUCUUGUACGAUUUUCGCAUAAGCAAAGAAACCAAAGAGAAUCUACGAGGAACGGCAGAUUUUGCCCAUCUUCUGGUGGAAAAAGCACCAGGCGUUUGCGGAGUGGCCUAUAGCGGGAGUACAAACUGGCCGUUUGGGUUGUCCAGGAGAAGUUGCGCCAUUUCCUACUACACCUUUAGUCACGAGAUUGGUCAUAAUUUGGCAUGCUGGCAUGAUCAAGACGCUUAUCCACAUUCUGACCACCCAAAUAACACUCAUUAUUAUGCAUACGGUUACUUUAUUCCUGGCACUGGCCACCGCACCACAAUGGCGUCCUCGAGAGCUGGUUAUCGAACGAAGGUGAACCUGUAUUCCAACCCAGAUGUAGCAUUCCAAAAUGUCCCUGUUGGAGAUGUCCGGAACAAUUGCGCUCUCAAGAUCCGAAGAAAUGCGAAGAAGUUUGCCAGUAUUGGCUCAGACGACACCAACUCAUGUGAUUCCAGCACGGCAAGCACGACAAGCACGGCAAGCACGACAAGCACAGCAAGCACAGCAAGCACGACAAGCACGACAAGCACGGCAAGCACGACCAGCACGGCAAGCACAGCAAGCACGACAAGCACGACAAGCACGGCAAGCACGACAAGCACGGCAAGCACAGCAAGCACAGCAAGCACAGCAAGCACAGCAAGCCCACAGCAAGCACGACAAGCACGACAAGCACGACAAGCACGGGCAAGCACGACAAGCACAACAAAGCACGGCAAGCACGACCAGCACGGCAAGCGUGGCAAGCACGGCAAGCACGACAAGCACGACAAGCGCGACAAGCACGGCAAGCACGGCAAGCCUGACAAGCACGACAAGCACGGCAAGCAUGGCAAGCAUGACAAGCACGGCAAGCACGACAAAGCACAACAAGCACGGCAAGCACGACCAGCACGGCAAGCGUGGCAAGCACGGCAAGCACGACAAGCACGACAAGCGCGACAAGCACGGCAAGCACGGCAAGCCUGACAAGCACGACAAGCACGGCAAGCAUGGCAAGCAUGACAAGCA